AUGAGAACCGUUCUUGUGUUUCUCACAGCUGUGCUCUUCACUUCAGGAUUUCAGCAAGUCCGUGCUUUACCCACUCCUGAUGGUACUUCCCUCGAGCCGCGCUCCAAUCCAGGGAGCAGCCAAAGCAACCCUAUCAAGGCUCAGAUUGAGAUCCGUGGGGAAGAUGCCUUGACUUAUGAUGUGGACUGCUGGGCAAUGCUAUGCAAAGGCAAGCCUACGGUGAUGAAGAAGGUCGACAAAAACACGGCCAAGAAGAACCGUCAGGUGAAGAACGGCAGCGCGGCUGACAAACAACCCUUCGAACACCGGGCCAAGUAUGGGAUAAAAGCCAGUCCGCCGACUAGUAUCUGGGCGAACCAUGAAGGAUGGACUUCAGCAGAAGAAUUUCCUUUCGCCUCCACCGCCAGCGGGGGAAUAGGUGCGAUCCUCGUGGGAGUUACACGCAAAUCGCAGGAGGAACAGAAGCUUUCGUUGAGAAACUUCUACCAGAAGAACAAGAUUGAGCCAUACGAUCCGACCAAAAGCCCUGGGGACACAUCUUGGUUUGAGAUCACUGGCUUCAAGGUCAGGCCUGGAAAAACAGCAACAGUUGGGCCCUAUUGCAAGGCAUUUAAUGCCAAGGAUAAAGGUAAUCUGUGCAGCGCGAGUACCAAAGUCGUUGGAGACUGGGGGUUUGACGUGGCUGAAUAUGCCUACGUGUACAAUCACCAGACAAAGAAGUUUGAUUAUGUUGGGAAAUGAUCAAUACUUCGGUUUUUUGGUCGUCUAUGGCUAACCCGGUCAAUGGUCAGUCCUGCGAUGUCAACAGCCAGACUCGGAUGUCUAUUCUCCAUUGGAGUCUGAUGCUUUCCUACGUUUAUUUUCUCUCGGG